AUGGCCUUUGAGGAGCUCCUGAACGAAAUUGGUGGUUUGGGGAAAUUCCAGAUCCUUCAGAUGGUUCUAGCUCUACCUUGUCUCAUGUUAACAAUUUGUCAAAUUCUGUUGGAGAAUUUCACUGCAGCCAUUCCUGGUCAUCGCUGCUGGGUCCACAUCCUUGAUAAUGACACUGUCUCUGAUAACGAUACAGGGACUCUCAGCCCUGAUGUUCUCCUGAGAAUCUCCAUCCCCCUGGACUCAAACUUGAAACCUGAGAAAUGUCACCACUUCCUCCAGCCCCAGUGGAAGCUCCUUCACCUGAAUGGAACCUUCCCCAAUGUGACUGAUCUGGACAUGGAGCCCUGUGUGGAUGGCUGGGCGUAUGACCGAAGCUCCUUCUCCUCCACAAUCAUGACUGAGUGGGACCUCGUAUGUGAUUACCAGUCACAGAAACCAUUGGCUCAAUUUGCAUUCAUGGCUGGAAUGCUGCUGGGAGGCUUCAUAUAUGGCUGUCUCUCAGACAGGUUUGGGCGAAAGGUGAUUCUCAGGUGGUGUUUGCUUCAGCUCGCCAUCUCUGGGACCUGUGCAGCCUUUGCCCCCAACUUUCUCGUUUACUGCUCUCUACGCUUCUGGUCGGGUUGUUCUGCUGUGGUCGCCAUGUCAAAUAACUGGAUGCUCGUUAUAGAGUGGAUAAGGUCCCAGUCAAAAGCCUGGGUAAUAACACUGAUGAACUGUGCCUUUAGUCUGGGACAGAUAAUGCUGGGAGCACUGGCUUUAGUCUUUCGAGACUGGCGCACCCUGCAGCUGGUGGUGUCUGCACCUUUCUUUGUCUUCUUGUUCUCAUCAAGGUGGCUGGUGGAAUCUGCUCGGUGGCUGAUUAUCACCAAUAAACCAGAGGAGGGCUUAAAGGAACUUCAAAAAGUUGCACGCAGAAAUGGACUAAAGAAUAUUGAAGCCACCCUGAACAUGGAGGGUUUGAGAGCUACCAUGCAGGAGGAGCUGGAGGCAGCACAGACCAAAACGACUCUGCUGGACUUGCUCCGCACACCCAACCUGCGUAAAAGGAUAUGUCUCCUGUUCUUUGUGAGAUUUGCAAACGCAAUACCCUUUUACGGCAUCUUUAUCAAUCUGCAGUACUUUGGGAGCAACAUUUUCCUGUUCCAGGUCAUCUUUGGAAUUCUCACUGCCUCAGUCCGAUUUGCUGCACUUUUAUUUCUGAGUCAUAUGGACCGUCGACCAACCGUGAUGUUAUUCAUGUUCUUCCUGGGGCUUUCUAUUUUGGCCAACAUGUUUGUGCCCCAAGAAAUGCAGACCCUGCGUGUGACCUUGGCAAGUUUGGGGAUCAGCUUUGCUGCUGCCUUUGUCAACUGUUAUUGUGUCCAUUAUGCUGAACUCAUCCCCACUUUUGUCAGGGCAACAGCUUCGGGAUUAGAUAAUGUGGCUGCCAGAGGUGGGGCAACAUUGGCUCCCCUCUUGGUGACCCUAGAGGUGUAUCUACCCACCUUGCCCUGGAUCAUCUAUGCAGUAAGUCCCAUCCUUGGUGGUCUUGUCAUCUUCUUCCUACCUGAAACCAGAAACUUGCCUCUGCCGGACACCAUCCAGGAUGUGGAAAAUGACAACAAAUUCUCAAGAAAAGUAAAUAAAAAAGAUUCCCGCAUAAAAGUGACAAAAUUUUAA